CCGCUCGCAUUUAUGUACCAGUGCUGCUCCUCUCUGCAUCUUUAAAAGAGACUGGAGUGCUGACUUUGUCACUUGAAAAACCCCUAAGAGAAUGCGGUGCAUGUCCCAACCAAGCCUGAACCUGCCAGAAGACUGAGAAAGAAAGCAAUAUUUCCAUCAGAGAUGCUGCUUCAUGGUUUCAAGCAAGGAGAAAAGAAGACAGGAGAGCAAGGAGGAGCAGAGGGCACUACAAGAGGAAAGUUACAUCUUGGUGAAAAUUUUGAUUGGGCGAACAUUUUUGCACGAAUGAAUCCUAAUACCUUGUAAUCAGCCUCCAGUUUCGAAGAACCACACAAGGGGAGCGUUUGCGAAGUUCACCGGAAGAUCACAUCACGAAAUUUUGUUCAUGGUAAAUCUUCAGGACUCUAAAGAAGAGGUAAUGUCUUUCGGUUUGCAGAUGCAGGACAUUCGCAGCAUUAUAUGAAGGUCUUGGAAAUCAUUUCUGCCUGAAUUUGCUGUUUGAUUUGUCCUUGUUUGUUAGAACUCUUUGACAAGCAGUUUUGGAUUGUCUUUUGGGGCAGCUAAUUGAUCGGGCGAUGUUUUAAUGUUUUACAACGCACACACAAAACUGCUCAUGAUUAAUUAAAUAAAAGUAAAUUAAGUGCAACUAGGAGAGAGAGAAAUUUUUGGGGUUUUUUUUUUUUUAGUCGAAACAUCAGCAAGCUAGGUGUAACUGAAAAAACAUCCGAAAUGCAGGAAUAAUUGCAGCAUGCUCCAAGUGUUUAAAGCUGGAAUUGUUUCAGAGACUCAGCUUGACUGGUUAAAGCUCCUGAGGAUACUGAAAAAGUGUGCUUAUGGAUCUGAGCAUCACGCAUGAUGAACAUGUACCCUUCCCGGGUGAGACGACUACCGGUCAGCACACCUCUGCAGCUCCUGUCCUGCCCUCUCACAGCCCAGUUCUGAAGCAGGGUCUUGCAGCCGGCUUUAAGAGGGUGUGUCGGACAGAGGAGGAUAGCCCGUGUCCGUUUCCGGGGCUGCUCCCAGGCGUCUUGGAGAUGCGCGUUAAAGAAGGCAGCAAGAUACGCAACCUGAUGGGCUUCGCAAUGGCGCGGAUGCAGUGCAAAGAGGGAAACGGCGAACAGGUCGGCCUGAGGCAGGUGGUGUUCACCGGGUCGGGCCGAGCAGUCACGAAAACCAUCACCUGUGUCGAGAUAAUGAAGAGGAAAGUGGGUGGACUCCAUCAGCUGACCAAACUGCGUUAUAAAGGUGUUCGGGAGGUGUGGGAGAGUCAGGAAGGAGGCGGCGCCAAAAUGACUGUUCACAGGACCGUGCCAUCUAUCAGUAUCCUUCUCUCCAAGGACCCACUGAACCCCCUUGAGCCGGGAUAUCAACCCCCUGAGAUGCAGAGCGCUCUCUGGGAGGAAAGACAAGAUAGCGAUGCGGUGUGUAGUGAUGCAGGAAAGAGGCAGUUUGACUACAGUGUCAUACAGAGUGAAACACAGUCAAAAAGAUUCUGCCCUCAAGGUGGAAUCUCAGGAAAUUAACCAUUCUGGUUAAUGGGGAGAGCAGAACCACUUGCUGAGACUGCAAAGCUUUUGCAGAGGAAAUCUGAAGGCUAGUUUGUUGCACAGUUUCUGCUCUUGACUCAGAUAGUAAAUGGAAAUCAAGCCUUCAGCUGGACUGAAUGAAAUGAUUCAUCCGAUCAUUUCUAUUAACGUAUAUAUAUAUAUGUUCACUUGCACAUUUUGCCACUGUAUGGUGCCACUUUCUCCAUUUCUCACUGCUGGGGCUUAAUGUUUCCACGGAUGUGAUUAGUGCGAAAAGUCGUCUCCUCUGUAAUUAGCACGAACUCUUUUGCAUAAAAGUGCACCGUUGUUCUCGUCAGCAGACGGGGAGAGGAUUCACCAUUAUAUUUAAAUAAACAAAUAAACGCUUACAGGUAUAACGUCACCUGUAACACUGUAACACUGUAAAUGCACCGCAGACAAAUAACAAAUACUGUGUUAAAUGAAGAAAAGAAUCAUUUGUUUCCAUGAAGAUAAUAAAUUAUGAAGACAUGCAAAUAAAUUCCAGUUUGGCGGGAAAACAAAAAUAAAGAUUUCUUUGUGUUUUUUUAUGCAUAGAUUUAAUGAUCUAUCGAUCCCAACUUUAUGACGAAGGCUAAACGAAGGGUAAUAGAAAACUGAACAAAAAUAUAUAGGAGUAAUAUUAAUAUAAUGUAAAUAAAAGAAUCUUACUGUCCACACUUAUUACCCAAUCUCACUGACUAAACCAGAUCGGAUUCUUGAUCAGUAUUAAAUAUAAAAGUUUCCUGGGGCAGAUCAAAGCCUACAUGCUCUCAGAACUGCCUUUGCUGCAGUGGUUAUAGAUACAGGGUGUUAAGAUAGGACAUCCAUCAUUAUAGGACAAAGAUGACAGCGUGUCUACGGGGCAUCUCAUCCGAGUGAAGUUCUUGAACCACGAGUGACUUUAUAAUACAUUUUCGAAAUGUAACCUGAGGAUAUUUCUUAUGAUCGUAAUGAAAAUCUCUGAGGCUUGAAGAUCACUUAAUGCAUUUAAUUUAUCGCUCACACCCAUGUAAUGGAUUUGUAUAAUACGUCGCAACGAGAUCCAAUUUUGCAGCGUACUCGCAGUCUCAUUAUAGGGUUGCCUUGGCCUGUGGAUGAAAUACAAAGCAAUUCUUGGAAACACUGAGUGGUAUUUGAGUGGUCUUUAAUGGUUUCCUGAGGUUCUAUUGUCUUCAGUAGACAUACAAUUAACCUCCCUGUUCAGUUCGGGGGGAGACGAAAGAAAAGUGCUCGGCUGAGCCAAAGGGUUAGGAAUGUGAAGUGAUUGCAGUUGCUAAAGAACUCAAAUGGAACAAACUUUAGAGUUGUGAGGACGGGCUAAAGGUUA